GAAAAAAAUAUACAGUGUGAUUCACGCCCCAAAAAUGGGCCCCCUUGACUCACUUCCCCCAAUCAAACCACUUUUGAUUGUUUUUCGGCACCGAAAAAAUUGAUUAAAAUUGUCCCCACGUCCGUCCGCAUUAUUUCCGCCACCACAACGCAUGACAAUGUUUAUACGAUCCACUUAACUAUUUGUCUUGAAUAUAAAAAACAAGAGUAGGCCAAUGUUUACCUUACUUGAAAAUAUUUUUUUGAUUCAUUGUUAAAGUAACAACGGGGCUAAGAACAUGUUUGUGAUUUUUGUGAUUUUUUUGGCGGUGGGCCCCACCUGGGGGGCCAAGGAUUCGUACUUGGAGGCCUACGAGGCGUCGCAUAAAGGGCCCCAAAAAACGGACCGGGAAUAUAACGAGUUUCCUUAUCCGGGGCCCCCUGUGGUCCCCGUGUAUGGCCCACCCUCGGCCCCCGCUUAUGGGCCCCCCACAGCGCCUGUGUACGGCCCCCCGAUGAAACCUUUUCCGGUGUAUGGACCCCCGGCCCCCAUAUAUGGGGCCCCCCACGGCAUGUUGGGUCUUCUGGAUAAGUUAAAAUUCAAAUUGGAUUUGUUCACACUUGGAAAAAUUUUGUUAAAAAUUGUUCUUUUCAAAAAGUUUGUGAGUUUUGUUGCUAUUUUAUGUUUGUUGCUUUUUAUUCCCUAUUUGAAACAUAAAACGGACGAAGGGAUGCCCGAAGGUGGCGACGAUGAUGACGACGCUAUGAGGGGCUUUAAACCUCAAGACAAAUUUUUGGAUAAUAUCAGCCAAUUUGUGGUGGGGGCCAUUGAUAAUUUUUCGAAAAAAUAUGAAGGGGAAAAAUGUGACAAUGUUUACUGUCGGACGAGAAAAAUUGUGCAAGAAAUUGAUAAUAAAAUCACCUACAAAAAGUUGGCUGGCCUUUAUUUGAGAGAUGCACAAUAAAUUGCCAUUAGCCACGUGUAGAAUAAUUUAUUCAUUACCAAAUUUAUUUAUUUAAUUUAUUACAAGUACAAAUAAAUAAUUAAUUAGCA